GACGUUUUCUUUGCAUAUCUUUCACAUUAUCAGGUGGUGUUCAUAGAUGAGGUGAAAUCUCUGCUCUGCCUACAGUAGCUCUUGCUGAGAGGAAACACUUGCAUUGACGUGCAUUUCAAAGGCUUCGGCUCUUCCCUCUUGGAAAAGAAGCUCACUGAUUUGCUGCAGAUAUGAGAUAUCGAGCUGUUCUGCACCUUCCUGCUAUAAUUGCCGUCCUCCUAAUAACAUGGGGAAUCUCCAUCAAUUCCUUCGAUGUGCAGGAGAAGGCCAGGAGUAUUCUUGGGUUCAGCACCAUAGAUCAAAUCAAAGCAAAAUACAAGACAGCCACGGCAGCACCUCAGCCGAAGUGCAGCCUGUCCAGAGUCUGUCCCCCCGACCACUUCGCUUUACACAUCAGGAGCGGGUCAGCCAAUGUUGUCGGACCGAAGAUCUGUUUCGAGGGUAAAAUAAUCAUGAGCCACGUGUUGAAUAAUGUGGGACCAGGACUGAACAUCGUGGUGGUGAAUGAAAGUGGCGUUGUGGAGAAAUUUACCAGUCUUAACAUGGGAAGUGGAAACCCAGAUGACAUCCUGGCAUACUUGAAGGAGAUAAAACCUGGAAUGAUCGUUCUGGUCGCCUCGUUUGAUGAUGUGACAAAAAAGAUGACAAACGAAAUGAGGGAGGUGUUUGUUGGAAUGGGAAGCACUUUGAUCAAGUCUUUGAAGCACAGAGACAGCUGGGUGUUUGCUGGAAGAGCAGGGGCGCACAACAAAAGCCCCUUUGAGAUGUACGCUGUUAACGAUGAGAAAACCAACAUUUACGAAGGAUGGCCGGAUUUGGUGGAGAUCGCCGGCUGUUUCCAGAGGACCCAGACUGACAAGGAUAAACUUUAACGGGUGGAGGAUUUGUGAUGAAAAGGAGGAAAUGAUGAAGAGCACAAGUACUGAUAAAAAGCUAAAAAGAUAAAGAUAAAAAAGAUAAAAAGCACUGUAAAAAUACAAGUAUAAGUCCUGCUUUCAAAACCUCACUUAAGUUUAAGUAUGUACUGUAAGUAUUACAAGAAAAAUUUACUUCAAGUAUCAAAAGUGAAAGUGCUGAUGGUACAGUAAAAUGGUCCCUGUCAGUGUUUUUCUGUUAUUUAUGAUGUUUGUGGGUUAAUAUUACUGUUUCAUUAAUGUCUCUGUUACAAUUUCCUGCUCUACGUGUGUAAUGUUGAGUUCAUUGUAAUCUUCUUUAUAGACCGAUGGGUAGUUUAACCUACAGCGAUGCAUCACAUUCUGUGAGACUGCAAUAUGUAUGUAGUGCUGCUGGACUGUAAGAACCACGUAUCUCCAGCAAGUCAACUUUUCAGAAAGCUCAGAAAGUCCUCAGCUUCGUGUCGAUGCAUUUUCCAGCUGGUCCAAGAGGGAGAAUUUUCUCCAACCAUGAAGGAGCGCGUAAUCCUUCAGGUUAGCAGAAAAGUCAGUGCAUUUGGAGUUACGGGUUUUUCACAGUGUGGCGAGCGAGGGUGACACGGGAUUGGGUUGGAGUAGAAGUAUAAGAGUUUCUGGUCAGAUUGUACACUAAACCGACAACGCCACCUGGGGAAUUUCACCCCAGGAAGUAAGUUUCGACAAAGCUCACCUUUAAGGCACGCAGUUCGUUUUACUCAAAACGGUAGACACGUUCCAAUCAGACAUACAUGUUCUUUAUUUUGACAAAUUUAAAACACUUAAAACACCACUCACACGAGGACAAAUCAACAGGGGGAACUAAUUCAAAGCUGAGGCUUACCGGGGUGCGUGGGCUACUGACUGGUGCAGAGAAUCCCCAACCAAAAAUAUAAACACCCAGGCACACGUGACAGCCACACACAGCAUACACUCAGUGAGGAGACCCAGAACCCAGGGAAGCACAGCACACAAGAAGGGGGGGACCCCACCACCAGGAUACCACCACCACCGGACCUCAGCAACUAAAGAGGAAAACAAAAGGAAAUUAGUGGGGUCACAACAAAAUUCAAUGAACAGAAAUAUCCAAAACUUAUAUACAAAUCAGCAACUAAACAAUACAAACUACUAACCACAAAUGAAAGAAAUAAAGACAAAUACUGGAAGAAUAGCCCUUUGCCCAACCAAAAUAUCAAAACCAAAGAAAUUAAAUAAGUAAGCAAACAGAGAAACUGAAUAAAGUAAUGAACACAAAAAUGAAAGAAAAUGUGGAGGGGAUCUAACCCCACUAUUCAGUCACUACAUUAAAAUAAGUGCGUUAAAUGCCAAUUAAAACCUUGGUGCAAAACAGAAAGCAUUGCACCAAAUGCAACACAUAAAAUAAGGAAAACAGAGCUGCAAACAAAGCAGUGGUCACAGCAGCAGACAAAAAGAGUGGAGACAAAGCGGUAAGACAAAGCGUGGUACGAAGACAAAACAGCAGUUGCCCCCUGUAGCUGUGGCGAUGUGUCCCUUUAACUCUGGCGCACACGAUCAGCUGAUGCCGAAGUCACUCGCGCAUGGUUCGGCAAACGACGCUCAUACAGUCUUGGGCAGCUGGGAUCGUUAGCAGGGUUGGCUGGAUAUGACACACCAAAGAAAGGAGAUAAUCGCGCAGCUACUGGCGUUCACCGCAGCAGGCCAUCUAGGUGACACACACAGGAGUCUCUGGAAGCCCCAAGUCAGCCGCUCUGUCCACACGCAAAGGUCCGACCCGGAAAUGACGUCACCGUCAGGAGCAGCAAGAGAGAACUGGCCGGGAGGGAUCGACCCCUUUUAUAAAACGGUGCGCCCCUAGUGGUUGGCUGUGAUGUUGCCAAUUAGGCAGGCUCACCCACAGGUCUCUAUCCUGCCACAACAGGACAGGAGGGGCAUGAAAAGCAGUACUCUGAAACGUGACUAAAACUGUCAGGCAAAUGUAACGGAGUAAAAAGCGUUUACCCCUGAGAUGCUGUCGAAGUGGAAAGUUGCACAAAAUGGAAAUACUCAUAAAACGUACAAGUACUUCAGAAUUGUACUUAAACGCAGCACUUGAGUAAAUGUACUGCAGUUGUCUGAGUCCCAGCCUCAGGACAGCGGGUGUCGUGUUCUGCACAGAUUGUAAAGCCGUCUGAGGCGAGUUUGUCCUGCGUGAUUCUGGGCUGCUGUGCAUAAAUAAAAUUGACAACACUGGACGAGUGUAACUUCAUACGCCAGCGGCUUUUGUCCCGACGGGAUAAAUGUACGAUAUCUGUCAGGUUCCUGCAGGCAGAGGAUCAUUUAUUAUUGAACUGUCGAUGAAACCCAGGCGCUGGAGUUUUAGUAAUCUGCAGUGCCCUCUUCAACAUCACACGCCUCACCUUUUCUCUUUACCUUGCAUGAAGGCACUUUUUCUUUCCUUCUCACAUCACUUCCCAUUCUAAUUUUUUUUUCAUGUUUGAUGCGUUUUCCUCUGUACACCAGUGGUGGAGGAAGUACUUCACCUCAAUAAAAGUGAGCCGAUGAACUAUAUCAAUGCAUAUCAGCAUUUUACUGCUCUAGCUGGUGGAGGUGGAGCUGGGUUGAACUACUUUUUGUACAGCUGGCUAGUUUAGUCUGCUGGUUCCCAGCUUGGGGUCGGGCCCCCUCCAGAGGGUCACAGUAUAAAGUUUACCUUUUUUUAAUAAAAUAUUGGAUCAUUUCACAUCUCCGGGUCUUGAGCAGCUAUGAAAAUGAACCCAUAUGUCUAGUUUAAGGGGGAACUGUCUCUUCGGUGGGACACUCAGACAUUUGAAACAUGACAAGGACCCCCAAACAGAAGCUGGUUUUUCCUUUAUUAUGUAAAAUCUGAACAGUAACUGUAGCUGUCAGGUAAAUGUAAUAGAGUAAAAAGUACAUUUCCCCCUGAAAAGUGUAAAUAUAAAGAACAUGAGGAAGUGAGAGCAUUCGUUACUCUCCACCUCCUCUGCUGUGGACUAAAUAUGCCUCCAGCGUGUUGCUCUGCAGGGCUCGCUGCCGGGAGCUUCAUCAUUGGUCCAAACCCAGCAAAGUUUCCCCUCUCUGCCAUUCUUGGCUGCUGGAGUAGAGAGAGAGAGAGAGGAGCCUCAAAUGAUUAUUGAAAGUCUGUCCACUGCGAGCCCGGGAGGUGUCCGGACCCUGAUACUGAGGACAU